AUGAUCAUUAAACCUUGUGUUUCCUUCACAUGCAAGAAACUCUUUACUAGCCCAUGCAAAGGCUUCAUUCGCUUCUUUAAGUUCAAGAAACCAGUCUUUAUAAGAAGAACUCGCCGGCCUCGAAAAACAAUAUUAUCAACUAAAAGAAACAAUGUGGGUUGUUUAACAUCAUUUUUCAAGUCAUUUCGAAAGGAAAAAGAUAUGGAUCGAGUGAUGGAGCUCAAGAGCUUUUCGGAUGCUGGCUUUACACAAAAAGCACCAUGUCCAUCGCCUCUUACGCCAGCUUAUAUCAAGAUGAUCGGAAGAGGUCGCAUGGAAAGCAUGGAAGAAGAAGAAGACCAAGAUGCCGAAAACGCUUGUAGAAGGUUUGAGAGUUAUUUGGUGAAGAUGAUUGCAGAAGAAGGGAAAAUGAGGGAUUUGGUGGAUGUGGAAGAGCUUUUAUAUUGUUGGAAAAACCUUAAGAGUCCUGUUUUUAUGAACUUGGUGUGUAGGUUUUAUGGUGAACUUUGUAAGGAUUUGUUUUCUGAAAAUGUUGAUGACAAUGAUGAUCAUAUACGUAGCUUAACGUAGCCAUCUCAACUUUGU